UCAUGCAAAUGCUUUAAUAAGUAGAUCAUGAUACCAAGCUGAACUUCAUUUUCAUUACAGACGCCGCAUCAUCGUUUCCUUGCACAAAUCUACAGGCGCCACCGUUACUCCCAGAAUUAUCACUGAGUCUGCUGUUUACAGGAAGGCUCAGUUUUGCUUAAUCAAGGUUAUGGCCAUAAGUGCUCGGAAUGUUAGAAAAAUUCCAACCUCUGUUUCAGACCAUAUUGUCUGGCAUCCCGGAAUUGAAGCACAAACUAGAAUCGAAUAUAGAAAAGUCAAAUCCUUCCUUUAGCUUUGCAUGUCACCCUGAAUGCAUAAACCUACUCAGAACGCAAGGACCGAGGAGGAGGACGGGACGAAACUGAAGGCGCAACAGGUCAGCGACAGGUGGAUAGGCUGGCUAUGGUCAGGGGACGAUGCUGGCCAGAAAGAGCAUCAUCCCGGAGGAGUAUGUGCUGGCGCGCAUUGCGGCGGAGAACCUCCGCAAGCCGCGCAUCCGAGACCGCCUCCCCAAAGCCCGCUUCAUCGCUAAGAGCGGGGCCUGCAACCUGGCGCACAAGAACAUCCGCGAGCAAGGGCGAUUCCUCCAGGACAUCUUCACGACGCUGGUGGACCUGAAAUGGCGCCACACUCUGGUCAUCUUUACCAUGUCCUUCCUCUGCAGCUGGCUGCUCUUCGCCAUCAUGUGGUGGUUGGUGGCCUUUGCCCAUGGGGACAUCUAUUCUUACAUGGAGAAGGGGAUGGAGAAAAGUGUUUUGGAGUCCACUGUGUGUGUAACUAAUGUCAGGUCUUUCACUUCUGCUUUUCUCUUCUCCAUUGAGGUUCAAGUGACAAUAGGAUUUGGAGGGAGAAUGAUGACAGAGGAAUGCCCCCUGGCCAUCACAGUGCUGAUUCUCCAGAACAUUGUGGGUUUGAUCAUCAACGCGGUCAUGUUGGGCUGCAUUUUCAUGAAGACAGCUCAGGCACACCGCAGGGCGGAGACUCUGAUUUUCAGCCGCCACGCUGUGAUUGCUGUCCGGAAUGGCAAGCUGUGCUUCAUGUUCCGAGUGGGUGAUCUCAGGAAAAGCAUGAUCAUCAGCGCCUCCGUGCGCAUCCAGGUGGUCAAGAAGACCACCACCCCUGAGGGGGAGGUGGUGCCCAUCCACCAACUGGACAUUCCUGUUGACAACCCGAUCGAGAGUAACAACAUCUUUCUCGUGGCCCCGCUGAUCAUCUGCCAUGUGAUUGACAAGCGCAGCCCCUUGUAUGACAUUUCCGCCACUGACCUCGCCAACCAAGACCUGGAAGUCAUAGUGAUUCUGGAAGGAGUGGUGGAGACGACUGGCAUCACCACACAAGCAAGAACCUCCUACAUCGCAGAAGAGAUCCAGUGGGGGCACCGCUUCGUGUCUAUUGUAACUGAGGAAGAGGGAGUGUAUUCUGUGGAUUACUCCAAAUUCGGCAACACUGUUAAAGUAGCCGCCCCAAGGUGCAGUGCCCGAGAGCUGGAUGAGAAGCCCUCCAUCCUGAUUCAGACCCUCCAGAAGAGUGAACUGUCCCACCAGAAUUCCCUGAGGAAGCGCAAUUCCAUGAGAAGGAACAACUCCAUGCGGAGAAGCAACUCCAUCCGGAGGAACAACUCUUCCCUCAUUGUGCCAAAGGUGCAGUUUAUGACUCCAGAAGGAAGUCAGAACACAUCAGAAUCAUGACAGCAAGACAAGCCCAGGGAAGUCUUCGACCCAGCGUUGACAUUUUAUGCAGGACACCGGCAGACAGUCCCAGAGCUGGAACACAGCAAUUUGUCCUUCUACGCCUUAAUGUACUAAAUGAUACUCAUAUUCCAAUAAUAGCACCUUUGUAGCAACAAACAAGGGUCAUGCCAGCAAGGGUCCAUGGCUCACACUUGUCUUAGAUGUGCGUGCCUGGCAGUGAUAGGCCUAAGUUUGUGUCCAAGUAGGAGGCUCCCAUUUCUUUCCAUUUGCAACGCAGGCAUGACAAUAACAGUAGUGGACUUUAAAUACAAAAAUUCGCCAAGGAAUAAUUCUGUUUGAAAUGUUUAGUGGGUGAAACCCCAGAUCUCUCUAUUUCAGUUGUUCACCCUGGAAAUGCCAAUAGAAUCAGAGGAGGAGGGACUAGGGGGGACAAAAAUGAUGUUUUUGACACCUCAGUGCAUGGCUCCAUAUGCAGCUUUUCCUUUUCCUCUACAGCUCAUCUAGUAAGAAGCCCAGGGCAACAACUGCUAUUAAGGGGAUUCUUCUCUCCCACGUGGUCUGUCACAAUUUGUGACCUCAAGGAUUUCUGGCCCUCAUGGGGCAGCCUGGGGGCAGAACUGCAGAAGAGGCUUCCAGGAAAGCUAUGCCAUCCUGUCUCAUUUAGGACUGAUCACCCUGUAACCAUUACUUUUUUCAGCUCACUUCUUAGCAGAGCCCCCCGCCAAGGAAACACUAUACAGACUCUUAUUAAAAUAUGUUCUCUAUAUUCAUUGUAGUUUUGUGAUUCCUUGUUUAUACAAUUAUCCCUAGUUAAAGCUACUCUCUCUCCCUCUCUCCCCAUUCGAAUUCUGUUGUCCCAAAGCAGCUAUAUUUUUGGUUUCUAAAAUGUCCUUUUGAGCUUCUGUCUGGGCCUGGUGUAGCAUGGAAAUUCCAGAACCUUUUUUGAUUGUCCCACCUCUUACCUUUAAAUUACAAUUCCUUCCCAGGAAUAUCUGAAGUCAGGCAUCAUGUUUCGGUUUAAAUUAUUUUCUGCUAAGUGAGCUGUUCUAUCAAAUCUUGAUUUAAUCAUUUUCACUGCUUUUCAAAUGAAGGGAUAAAGGCAUAGAGAGGGAUGCUGGGUUGCUAAACUAUGGGUUUAUUCUCAUUUUGCACAAAAUAACAGAAAGCUGAGCUCCCGGUAAACUUUUAUACAGGUAUUUGGGUUUUUAAAAUUUCGUUUGUGAACACUGAAAUAGGAUUUGAAUAUACUCGUUAUCAGCCUAUCUUGAAUGAAGGACUCAUGAUUCUGACCAGAUGAAUGGAAAUUAUUUCUCAGGUUACUCAGUUUAUCAUUCCUGAAAAAUCCUAAUCACUGCUUUGAAAUCCAGACUCAUGCAUCAAACAAGUACAUGAGGCCCCACUUGAAUACCUGUAUGAGUUUCCAACAUCACAUCUAAAAGCAAAUGAUUCAUUUUCACUGACAGAAGCUGUCCCUCCCAAGUCUUCUAAUCACUCAAACCAGAACCUGGGAGUUGUACUUGACACCUCUGUUCCAUAUUUCCCGUUCCACCCACAGCAAAAUCUGCUAGGUCUGCCUUCAAAAUAUAUUCAGAGUUCCACCAGUUCUGCCUCUACCACUUCCCUCCAUGAUCCAAGCUGAGCCGCUCACCACCUAGUAUAAAGAAAUGUAGCUGUACCAAUUAUGAGACUACUGAAACAUUCCAGUAAAGAAAAAUUGGCUUUAGUGAGACUUAGUCCAACAGAUGCUAGAUGCUGGCUCCCUGUUUCCCCCCGCUCCCAGGGCAGCUGAGCAGACCAAAAGGCAGCUGCCACACCAGCAAUAAAAACAUACAAGGUGCUUGCCUGCCAUUCCGUGGCUGCUCAGUGUUUGUGGCAGUGAUCCAGGCUCUGGGCAGGUAAUGUGGGGACAUAGACAGUGGGGCUGAUAUGCAGGAUAUCUAAGCCCAGUGGUGCAGAAUGCCCAGGGGCAAAUCUUGCUAUGAAGUGUGACAAUUUCCCAGUCACCUCCCAGCUGUCACCUGAAGCUCUGUGACAAGGACCUAGUGACAACCAAUUUAACGGGAAAGUCAAGAGUUUGAUGGGAUCCCUGAUUUUGAGAUUCAGCAGCAUGAUUUAGCUAGUGACAGUCACACUGAACAAAAAAAGCCACAUCAACAAUUUCCUAAAACCCACUAAUGUUUUAAAUUUUUACAGUGGUUUCAGAACCUAUUUUUGCUAAAAAAUAUUUAGGUGACUAAAAGAUUUUGGAACCAUACUGUAAGAUUAGGUGUGUAUAUUGUGUAUCAUUUUGAAUUAUGUAUUGAAUGUAAGUAUUUUAUAUUAGGUUCUCCACUCCUACCAAGUCUUCAUACAGAAGCCACAAUAUUAUUUUAAAUCCUAUUACAUCAUUCCCAACUUAAUGCAUUCCUCUGGCUUUCCAUUUUUCUCAAAAUGAAAGCCAAAGUUCUUCCUGAAGCAUGUAAGCCCCUGCCUCUCAUCAUCACCACUCUUCUUGAUCAUUCCCACCCUAUACCACACUGCUCUGGCUGUUCUUUGAAACAGAGUCAUACAUAUUUUUGUGGCAUGGAUUUGUUUCUACGUGGAGCAUUUUUCCUCAAAAAAACUUCCUGGGUCUCUCCUGUCAUUAUGUCUGUUUCCACCCAAGGGCCCUCUCAUGGGGCAGCAUGGUAGAGUGGGCAAGA